GUUUCAGAAUAACAUGUUUUAGAAUUUUUACGAUUAUUAAUACUAAACAUAGUUAUUAAUGCAUAGUUUUUUAUAAUUUUAUAUUUCAUAUAUUUCUAAACUAGACUUCAAACAUGCAAUUAAUGUUUUUGAAAUUCAUAAAUUUUUAUUAUUAGUUGAUUAAAAUGCAUUGGAAAUAUAAAAAAAAUAUACUCUAUCCAUUUUCGAAAGUAAGAUUUUUUAGAUUUUUUUUUGUUCCACGAAGAUAGAUUUUUUGUAUUGUUAAGGUACUUUUUUAUACUUUUGAGAAACACUAAUUGAGAAUAUUUGAAUUGAUUAAAUUUCAUUGGUGGAAAGUUAUUAGAAAAUGUAUAAUAAAUUAAAAAAUAAAUUAAAUUAUAAAUAUUUAUUAAAUUCUUAAUAAGCGCGCAUACUCUAAAAAAUCUUAAGGAACAAUAUAUCUAUUGAAAUAAUUUUCUUAGAGCGUGUAUCUUUUCAAGUAUAAUUUACAUUUUAUCCGAAAAAAGGGGUUCUCAAUUGAAUCAGAUUCACGACGAGUUCGUUUAUGAAAUCUCCAUGAACCGAACCGGGGUGGUUUUCUAUAAACCGAACAAUAUUAAAACAUUAAAAAAAAACUCAAGAUUGCGAACCGGAACUGAACGCUAAACCGAAAGUGUUGCCUACUAUAUAAAGUACAAAGAGAAAAUAGAGAAGAGGGAGAAUCUGUUAUCAGAGUAUCUUUCGCUUCGAGAUAAGUCCCCGUUCAUGGAAGAAGGAUACGUCACGAAGAGGAUGAUGAUGAUGUUUCUGCAGCUUCUUACUCCGAUCCUGUUGCUUCCUCUCUUGAUCUCGUCUUCCUCUGGUGAAGCGGUUAACUCGAGUGAGAACGUUGGAGUAUGCGUUUCUAAAGGAGGACGAUCUCAUCAGCCGUACGAGCUAGAAGGAAAGCUUCCCGAGUCUGCUGAUCUUGAGUUUAGGGAUCUAAACAUGUGUAGUAUGUUCCACGAGAAGACUUGUUGCUCUGCUUCGCGGAUGCUCUCAUCUUCAUUAGCUCUCCAGAACCUAGCUACUCACGGAGAAGCUUCUAAAGACUGCUUGUUUUGGUUUGAGCUUUUGGAAUGUUCAAUCUGUCACCCUGACGUUGGAGUUCAAUCAGGUCCUCUUCGCGUUUGUGCCUCCUUCUGUGAUACUGUCUUUGAAGCUUGCUCUGAUGCUUACUUUAAUACUAGUGAUUCCACUAAUCAGGUUAUAGUACCGUGUGUAGCAAGCAAUGAUACCAUCUGCGAGAAAGCUUCUAAGUUGGAGACUAACGGCACAGCGUUCUGUGAAGCAGUGGGUUUCACUGUUGUUCAACCAGCUGGUGAUUCUGUAGAAGAGCCUUGUUACGGAAGCAAAAGAGUUUUGGAGACAGUGGUGCCUGUGGUGGAGUCACUCAUGAAGACUGUGCGGCUUCAAGAUCGUAACUACGAGCUGCUGAUACUGGAUCUACAGACGUGUUUGAAAAUAGCAGUUGUUGUUCUAGAAUCAACCAUGAUUUACAGGUUUUUUUAUCAGCUGGUGAGGGAUGCGAGAAGAUUGAGAAGAAGGAACAGGAUUAGGAGAAGAUUUUAACUCUAUUUUUUUAGUUU